CGGACGAUCGGAGGCAUGGCGAGGAACAAGGUGAAGCUCGCGUGGAUCGCCAACGACGCCAACCGCCGGUCGACGCUCAAGAAGCGGCGCAAAGGCCUGAUGAAGAAGGUGAGGGAGCUGAGCAUCCUGUGCGGCGUGGAGGCGUGCAUGGUGGUGUACGACCCGCAGGAGCCGCACCACCCGGCGGCGUGGCCGUCUAACGGCGAGGCCAUGCGCAUGCUCACCCGCUUCAAGUCCUUGUCCGACAUCGAGCGCAGCCGCAAGAUGACGAACCAGGAGACGUACCUCAAGAGCCGCGUCAACAAGCUGGCGGAGCAGUUCCGCCGGCUGCAGCGGCAGAACAGGGAGACGCAGAUGACGGCUCUGCUCUUCGAGGGCCUCCGCGGCCGCCCCCUCUACGACCUCAGCAUCGAGGACGCCUCCGCCCUCGCCUUGAUGGUCGACAACAAGCUCCAGGAGGUGCGCGAGAAGCGCCAGGAGCUGAUCAAGAGCCACGGCCGCCACAAUCCCAUAAUUGGCGCCGCCCAACCACUGCCGCCAUCUCCUCCUCCUCCUCCUUCUCUCCUUCCCAAUCUUCCAACUAGCCUCAUGCUCCAGCCUCCGCAGCAGCGCUUCAUGUGGCCGUUCCAGGAGGAGCUGAACCAGUUACUACCGCCGGCGGAAGCCGAUGGCGGCGGCCACUUGUUCAUGGCCAUGGCAGGCGGCGAUCACGGCGCCCUCACCCACUCCGGACUGGCACAUCCUUCUCUCGAUCCAACUGCUUGGGACAUGGAGUAAUAAUAACGAUAACUGGCCA